AUGGUUGCAGAUACAGAGCGUAGCUCACAUGAAGAUUUGGAAGAUUUCAAAGUUGGCGAAUUGUCCUUAUUAUCAUUGCACAAAUCGUUGGUUGAUACCCCAUCUGUAAGUAAAAGUGAAUUGAAGAUCUCCCAACUAUUGAAAGAUUCCUUGGAGAAAGCUGGCCUUACAGUUGAAUUACAGAUGGUGGGGUCAGGUCCGCAGAGAUACAAUGUGUAUGCUUAUAUUGGAAAAACCAGAGACACUAAAGUUUUAGUUACGUCUCAUAUAGAUACUGUACCACCUUUCCUUCCAUAUCAUGUAGACGGUACCAAGAUUUAUGGCAGAGGAUCCUGUGACGCAAAAGGUUCAGUGGCUACUCAAAUCAUGUCUUAUCUUUCGCUCUUUAAAUCUGGGGAUUUGAAGGAGGGCGAUGCCGCACUAUUGUUUGUCGUAGAUGAAGAAUCCAGUGGAUUAGGAAUGAGAAACGUCAGUAAGUCACUAAAUGCUUCUUGGGAGUCUGGUAUAUUUGGUGAACCGACCGGAUUAAAAUUAGGUGUUGGUCAUAAAGGCAUCUAUACUUUUGACAUCGAAGUUGAUGGUAAAGCUUCCCAUAGUGGUUACCCAGAAUUAGGAAUAUCAGCUACCGAAAUAUUAAUCCCAGUAUUGGACAAAUUGCUCAAGAUGAAAUUACCAGAAUCUAAAUUAUUAGGCCCAUCAACGUUGAAUAUUGGUAUGAUCAACGCGGGCGUCGCUCCGAACGUCUUGCCAGAAAAUGCUACGUCUAGUCUCUCGAUUAGGGUGGCAGAUAAUUUACCUAAAGUUCGUGAAAUUGUACUGGAAACAAUUGGAAAUGUUGAACAUUUGACUCUAAAGCCUGAAGUUCAAGUCGACGCUCAAUACUUGGAUUAUAAAGUCCCUGGCUUUGAUUCAGUCAUUUUAGCUUAUUCCACAGAUAUACCAAGAUUAACCGUCAAGUUGAAACACAGAUUUUUAUACGGUCCUGGAAGUAUUCAUGUUGCUCACGCUGCCAAUGAAUAUAUUGAGAACUCAGACCUUAUCCUGGCUAUCGACGGAUAUCAGAAGCUUAUUAAACAUGCUUUACAAAAUUAA